UCGCAAGCGCCAACAGCAAACAACAAGCGAGCGAGAAGCUGAAGCAAGAAGCCGUCGAGGACGUGGAUCAAGCGAUCCAUGGCGCCGAAGAGGUCGACUUCGCCGGCCGGAAGCAGCAGCAGCGGCAGCGGCGUGUUCGCGCCGGCGGCGGCGGCGGAGCAGCAGCCAAGGCUCCGUGGGGUGCGGAAGCGGCCGUGGGGCCGGUACGCCGCGGAGAUCCGGGACCCCGUGCGCAAGGCGCGCGUGUGGCUCGGCACCUUCGACACCCCCGAGCAGGCGGCGCGCGCCUACGACGCCGCCGCGCGGAAGCUCCGCGGGCCCGGCGCCACCACCAACUACCCCGCCGCCGACGCGAAAGGGGCGGCGAGCGGGAACACCGUGCUGUCGGAGGACGCGUCGUCGUCCUCCUCGUCUUCCCGGGACUCGCCGCUGGCGGUGACGGUGGCCGUCGCGGCGGCGCCCCCGUCGCUGGACCUGAGCCUGGCGCUCCCGGCCACGCCGUCGUCCUGCCAGAUGUUCCUGGACCCGACGAUGAUGGUGGCCGGUGCGCCGGCGCUUCUGCAGUUCCUGCCGCCGAAGAGCGAGGAGGGGCAGAGCUUGUCAUGUUCAUCGUCGUCGUCGGUGGUGCUCGACGCGGCGCCGGCGGCGGGCCUGGGGCUGGACCUGAACCUGGCGCUGCCGGCACAGAUGGUGGUGUAGCGACAGGCUAAUGAGUUGGUUAAUUACAGUAGGAAUUAGCUGAUCAUGAAUCAGAGGCCAGCCAGUGUAAAUAGGGCGCAGAUUUGUGAAUGCAGCCCAUCUUUUUUCCUUUCUUUGCAUCUCUUUCUUCCAACCCAAUGAUGCAAAAACAGAGGACAAUUUGCCUUCCAUGGCAUAAUCUUGUUUUUUUUCUGCUAUUAUAUCGAUCCGUUCGU